AUGAACAAUAACAGUAAUUCUUUGCCUGCAAAUCUUCCGAUUCUAGAUGGAAAGAAUUGGGAUCAAUGGUGUGUGAAGAUGAAUGUCAUCUUUACCUAUCAAGAAGUUGAAGAAAUCAUCAGUACUGGGUUUGAGCCUCUUGCAGCAAAUGCGACUGAAGCUCAACAAACGGCUUUCAGAGAAGUGAAGAAAAAAGAUAGUAAGGCUCUGUUCUUGAUUCAUCAAUGUGUAGAUUCAUCGAAUUUUGAGAAGAUUUCUGGUGCUAGAACAGCUAAGGCAGCUUGGGAUAUACUCAGUAAUGCUCAUGGUGGUGGAGAUAAAGUCAAGAAAGUGAAGCUUCAACACCUUCGAUGGCAAUAUGAAUUGCUAGGCAUGAUGGAUAAGGAAUCCAUUGGUGAGUAUUUUACUAGAUUGCAGACUUUGGUUAAUUCAAUGAAAAACUAUGGUGAAACUGUAUCUGAUCAGCAAGUAAUUGAGAAGGUUCUCAGAACAUUAAACCCUCAAUUCGAUCACAUAGUGGUAGCAAUUGAAGAAUCCAAAGAUCUUUCCACAAUGACUGUGAAUGAACUGCACAGUUCACUUGAGGCACAUGAACAGAGGCUUCAAGAAAGGAAAGAAAGGAAAGAUAACAAGGCAAAUCAAGAUCAGGCUUUGUAUGCAAAGAAUGGAGGUUCUUGGAACAAGAAUGGUAAGGGAAAGAAUAAAUGGAAUAAGAAUAAGGGAAAGAGUGAUGGCAGUCAUGAUCAGAAUCAUCAUAAUGGUGAGGAGGAUCAAUCUGAAUCUUCAAAGAAUAAAACCAAGAAUGGUGGAAAGAAAGGUGAUAAGAGCAAGAUUCAAUGUUAUAGUUGUGAUAAGUGGGGUCAUUAUGCUUCUGAGUGCAGAAGCAAGGGAAAGAAGAAGCAAGAGAAUGAGGCAAAUCAUGCAAGACACAAUGAUUCAGAUUCAGAUGGUGUUUUGAUGAUGGUGACUUCAAACUCAGAAAAUGAUACCUCAAAGCUAUGGUACCUUGACACUGGAUGCUCAAAUCACAUGACAGGUCAUAGAGAUUGGUUAUUGGAAUUUGAUGAAAAUUUCAAAAGCAAAGUGAAGUUUGCAGAUGACAGCACUAUAUCAGUAGAAGGCAAAGGCAAAGUGAUGGUUCAGAGGAAGAAUGGUAAUCACACUUUUGUCACUGAUGUGCUGUAUGUACCAUCUAUGAAGCACAACCUGUUGAGCCUUGGACAGUUACUUGAGAAAGGGUUCAAUUAUUCCACAAAAGAUCACAGCAUUGAAGUAUUUGACCCUAAGAACAAGUUGAUUCUGAAAGCUCCAUUGUCAAAGAAUAGAACAUUCAGAGUAAAUCUUCAAGUUUCUGCAUUUCAGUGUUUUUCAAGUUUGAUCACUGAAGAUGAGAAAUGGCUGUGGCACUACAGGUAUGGACAUUUGAACUUUAAAAGUUUGAAUCACUUGUGUAAUAAGAAGAUGGUUGUAGGGUUACCACUGAUUCACACACCAGAGAAGUUGUGUGAAGGUUGCUUUGUAAGCAAGCAACCCAAGAAUUCAUUUAAGAGUUCAGUGUAG